UAGACCCUGAGAUCACUGUUCUGUUCCUGAAGUUGCUGUUGCCUUGUGCUAAAUGAAGCAAGACAGCAGUUAUACACGGGAUAAAAAUCAUUUUAUAAUCACUGCUCUCCAAGUCCAGAUGUGCAGUUCAGUACCAACUUCAGUGGGCUUUUCAAGAAUUUUGUUGUGCGAGACAGAAGGGCUGAGAGAGUUCUGAAGAACUGUGACUAGUCCAAGGUCACCUUCAUGUUUGGAUGCAAGGGAAUAAAUCUAGUUCACCAGGCAAUAAUUAAUUGAAGAUGACAGACCCUUGGAUAAUGUGUUGCAACAAAAAGAAGAUGGCCAAGACUGAACUGGGCUUGGUGAUAGAGAACAAAAAAGAAAAAAUGCAGAUGAAACAAGAAAUCACUUUGCUUAAUGGCAUUUCGUUAAUAGUCGGGAACAUGAUCGGUUCCGGGAUAUUUGUGUCCCCCAAAGGGGUUUUGAUGUACAGCGCUUCUUAUGGACUCGCACUCCUCCUCUGGGCUGCUGGGGGGAUCUUUUCAUUGUUUGGCGCACUUUGUUACGCUGAAUUGGGAACAUCCAUAGUGAAAUCUGGAGCAAGCUAUGCCUACAUUCUGGAAGCAUUUGGAGGUUUUAUAGCAUUUAUCAGACUAUGGUCUUCCUUGCUCAUUAUUGAACCAACAACUCAGGCUGUUAUAGCCAUCACUUUUGCUAACUAUAUUGUUCAACCAAUAUUUCCAUUUUGCGAACCACCCUAUGGAGCAGUUAGGUUGACCGCAGCUGCUUGCAUCUGCUCCCUGACAUUUAUUAAUUGUGUCAAUGUGAAGUGGGGAACCAGAGUACAAGACCUUUUCACGUAUGCAAAAGUUAUGGCCCUGAUCAUGGUAAUAGCAGUGGGUCUUUAUAAAAUUAGCCAAGGAGAAACAGAAAACCUUAAGGAUCCAUUUGAAGGUUCAACAAGAGAUGCAGGAUUCAUUGCUCUUGCUCUUUACUCAGCCCUCUUUUCCUACUCUGGAUGGGAUACACUGAAUUUUGUCACUGAAGAAAUGAAAAAUCCAGAAAGGAACUUGCCACUUUCCAUUGCAAUUUCAAUGCCUAUUGUGACAAUAAUUUAUUUGCUGACGAACAUAGCCUACUAUGUAGUGUUGGAUAUGUCCGCUCUAUUAGCAAGUGAUGCUGUGGCUGUGACGUUUGGUAAUGAAGCUCUUAGCCAUGCUAAAUGGAUUAUCCCCAUUGCAGUGGCCAUGUCUUGUUAUGGAGGAUUAAACUCAUCUAUUAUUGCAGCUUCCAGGCUUUUCUACGUUGGAGCCCGGGAAGGACACCUCCCCAAAUGCCUGAGCUUGAUUCAUAUAAAACGUUUCACACCUGUUCCUGCUCUUAUCUUUAAUGCAUUAAUGACUUUGAUAUAUCUCCUUGUGGAAGAUGUUUUUCUCCUGAUUAACUACUACUGCUUCAGCUAUUGGUUUUUCGUUGGACUGUCAAUUGCAGGAUUAAUAUAUUUGAGAUAUACCCAACCAGACAGACGACGGCCCAUUAAACUCAGCCUCUUCUUCCCUAUUGUGUAUUGCUUCUGCACCCUUUUCCUCAUCAUCGUCCCUCUGUACAGUGAUACCAUCAAUUCUCUUAUUGGAAUUGGUAUAGCACUCUCUGGAAUCCCUGCAUAUUUUUUGGGCAUCUAUUUACCAGUUGAAAAGAGACCUCGGUACCUUCAGUGGCUUUUUGCUACCACUACAAAGUAUAUUCAGAUACUGCUCUGUUGCUGUCAAGCGGACCGGGAUCUUGAAAUGGAGUCCUCAGAAACCAAGGCUAAAUAAACAGAAGUUGGCUGGACCGUUUCUGCCUUUAAUGCAUCUGUGUAGCUGGAUAUUGUGACUUGUGUGUAUGGCCCACACACCAAAGUACGCACAACUGCACAGUACCUCAUGUGGCUCUUUCUUAAUACUUGCUAUAUUAUCAGUCAUUUCUCCGUCUGAUUAUCAGCUUCUGAACACUCAUUUGUGCCUAUUCAAUAGGUGGUCAUCGUUUUUUUAAUGCAAAGGGCAGGAUACAGAAACAAACAAAGCUCAUUGUUUCACAGAGCGGCCAGUGAAAAUAAAAAGGCUGAAAAGAACAAAGGAAAAUGAUGCCAAGAGGAGAACUAUACAUAUAAAUUUGUACUCACCAUCCCAUGAGGAAAGUCACAUUAAAGAGUUUAAUGACUUUAAACCUUUUAUAGACAUGUUCCUUUUAUUCAUUAUCAUAGCAGUUUUACAAUCAGACUUGGUUCUCCAAAACUUGCUAGCAACAGCUUGGACCAGCACAUUGAAGAUGGCGGUGAUGCUCUGGCUGUUGAUGGUUCAUUGAUGGACCCAUGCUACGCCAGGCUGGGUCUGAGCCAAGCAAGUCACUGUGGUGUUGCCUGGUUACAAUCUCAAACUGUCAAGAGGAGCACCAUGAAACACACCAUAGAACUGGGUGGAAGGCACAGCAAGAAAACAACUCAGAGUGGCGAGUAGAACCAAUCUAAGAUUUAGCUACCAUUGACACUAUUACACCAGCACUUCGCCUUAUUUCUUUUUAAUGCUGUUACCAACUCCUGAAGCAAAAUACUAAGAGUUGUUAAAGUAGCACAGGAUUGUCAUUGAGAUUACAGUUCUGUGCUGAAGAUUUAUAAUACCCAAAGUAAUACCAAAUGGAAUUGUUUCAUCUGCAUGUUAAACUAUAUAGAGGAAAAUUUAUUUACUACAGUAAAAGAUGGUGUAUCACUUUUCUUCUGAAUAAGCAGCUGUUGGUAGUACACAUGUAAAGCAUAAGUUAACCUUUCUGUAAAACACCUUUUGUUUUCUUCCACUGUACAUGUUUUAUAUUACAAAAAAAGGAUGGCACAGUCUAUAAAAUAUACCUUAAUUUUGAAUAAAACAAUGUUUAAAACGUGUAGGGAAAGCCUUAUUUUACAAUAAGAUCCUAGGCUGAAUAUCUACAUUGAGAUUUUUUGAGAUAGGUUUAAAUUCAGCCACUGUGAGCCUGGCUGUUUGGUUGGGAAAGAGCAGAUAUUAAAUCCAAUCAAUCAAUCAGUCAAUUAAUUAAAUAAAAUAGGCAUACUUAGGUUGUCUAAAGUUACAAUUGUGAACAGAUCUAAGACAUAUUCAGCCCGGCGUAUGAUUGUAGGGUCAAUUCAAAUUGAUUUGUCAAUUAUUUAUCUGUCUAAUAUUGCUUUCUUUUUAUGUUUUGAAGCUGAGACUUUGCACCCCAUCCCUUCCUCUGGCAGGAAGGAUAAGGCAAGAGAGAGAGACCGGUACAGGCUUAUUUUUGUUGUCUAGACCCUUUAAGAAUGGGAAAGUCCUGCAGUAUAGCCCUGAUCUGGAUAGCCAAGGCUAGCCUGAUGUAGUCAGAUCACAAAAUCUCUGAACCUAAGCAGGGUCAUCCCUGGCUAGUAUUUAGGUGGUAGACCGCCAAGGAAUACCAAGAAGGCAGCCAAUGGCAAACUACCUCUGAAGGCAGCCAAUGGCAAACUACCUCUGAACACCUCUUGCCUUGAAAAUCCUACAAGGCUGCCAUAAGUCAGCUGUGACUUGAUGGCAAAAGGAAAAUGCUGGAUAACAUGUUACAGCUUAAUAAAAUUAACACUGCUAUGUUCUGUUUUCUGCCAAAUACUGUACAAUUUGGGGCGGGGGG